AUGGUUGGCGAGAAGGACGGCAGUGCCGCCCAGAUUGACACCGUGAAGAAGAUGUCCAAGAGCGUCGUCGAACACCGUGAGUCGAGGCAUGCCCAGAACGGCGAUGUUCGUGUCCAACCCUGGUGCAAGGAUUUAUUCCUGCGCGAGUACGACACCUGGGAGGAGAUAUGGGCCGAAAUGCUCGACCUCAUGGCAAAGUCGAAGGCGGUCGUGGCCAACCUAAUCAUUGUCACAUUUGCCAAGCGCUUUGCCAGUGACCCCUACCUCGAGUUGCAGGCAAGUGUCCUACCUCUAGUUUACGUGUGA